AUGGUUCUGAAGUCUUGGAAGACCGCAUUGGUGUUUGCAAGGGAAUUUUCCGCAGUGACCGUGUUCCUGAGGAAGAUAUUGUCUAGAUUGUUGACACCUUCCCUGGCCAAUCCAUUGGUGGAUGGUACAUUCAUGGCACCAGAUGGACCGAGUUCAUGGCCAGAAGCAGAUAGCCAAAAUCAAUGGCUUGUGUUUUACCGAUUAGACCAAAUGACUCUCAAUGGUACAGGAACAAUAGAAGGCAAUGGAGAAAAGUGGUGGGAUCUCCCCUGCAAACCUCACAGGGGUCCGGAUGGAAAAACUUUUCCAGGGCCAUGUGGUAGUCCUGCUAUGAUACGGUUCUUCAUGAGCUCCAAUUUGAAGGUGAAUGGGCUGAAAAUUCAAAACAGUCCUCAGAUCCACAUGAAAUUCGAUGGCUGCCAAGGAGUACUUAUCGAUAGGCUUUUCAUUUCUUCACCUAAACUCAGCCCCAACACCGAUGGAAUUCAUGUAGAAAACUCAAAGUCUGUUGGGAUAUAUAACACCAUGAUAAGAAAUGGUGAUGAUUGCAUUUCAAUUGAACCAGGGUCCUCAAACCCUGUGCAUGCUGUCAUUGGCAUGGCUGGCUUCACUUUAGACCAGUUCUCAGACAAUAUAUUUCGCAAGGAACCUUUCUUUUAUGGUCAUAACAACCAUGAUCAGCUUGUCAACAUAGCUAAGGUAACAUCCGUGGUGGCCUGCAAUGAUUAUAAUAUUAAGUAUAAGUAAUUAAGUGUUUUUAGUUUAGCACAUAAAUAAUUGUUACAGCCAUAAUUGUUUCUAUUUUUUACAAAUCACGCUGAUU